AUCGAAAAUCAUAUUUGAAAGCAAGAUUCGAGCAAUCAAGUUCCCGAAACUGAAGACUUCUCGGAAGGAUUUCAGUUUCUACCACGGAUUUAAAUAUCAUCCGCAACGUGGUGGUGCAUUGGCCGCUACACAGCGGGUUUUUCGGUGGUACUCCGAUGCGACUACACGAUUGCUAUACCAGCGCUAUCAAAAAUUAACACCCGGAUCAGCCGGUUCCCGCAAUGUGAACAAACACGGUGUCUUGUGUUUUGCUCACGUGUUAAUAUGUAACGUGGGAGGUUUUCUAUUGGCCAAGUUUCUGACCGGAUGCAACCGCACGAAUCUCGACUGCAGGAUAAACGAAUCACCCCUAAGCCCGCCCUCCUUCUUGAUCGUCCAAUUCCUACUGGACAAACAAGUCAACUCUGUAUCCCAGGGGUUUAAGGAGGGGAGGUGGCUUUUCGGCAAUGAUAUGGAAAACCCAACUGCUGCGUGCAGUUCCCACGUUGUAGGGCUUGUACAGACUUUUCUUCAAUAAUCUAAAUCGUUCACUUUGUACCACUCUUCAAGAGCUUAAACCAUGACAAAAACAAGUUUUUCAGAUAUCGAAUCAUAUCUUUGCAGAGCACAUUUCUCUUGAGAAAACUGGAUAAAAAUGGUUUUCAUUCAGUAGUUCAUUUUUCCAAGGGAGAUGUGCUCUGAAAAGAUAUGAGUUAGUAUUCGAUGAACAUGAUUUUUGUCAGAUGCUCUCAAUGAGCUCUGCAAUGUGAAUAAUUUAGAUCAUCGAAACAAACCUGGCACAAGCUCUAACACGGGCAAACUGCACGCAGCAGUUGGGUUUCCCCAACUGCCGAGAAGCCACCUCAGAAGGUUUUAAAUUGUUUUUGUUGCUUCAUUCUGUAUUGAGAGAGAGGGAGAAGGAGAGAGAAUGAUGAAUCCGAGGUGCUUCUUGGACAUAAGCAUUGGAGGAGAGGUGGAAGGGAGGAUUGUAGUGGAGCUUUACAAAGAUGUUGUCCCCAAAACCGCUGAGAACUUCAGGGCUCUUUGUACCGACGAGAAGGGCAUUGGCCCUAACACGGCCGUUCCCCUCCAUUUCAAGGGUUCCUGUUUUCAUUGCAUCAGAAAAGGCUUUAUGAUACAAGGCGGAGACAUAUCUGCUAGGAACGGCACUGGUGGAGAAUCCAUCUAUGGCUUGAAAUUCGAAGAUGAAAAUUUUGAGCUAAAACAUGGAAGAAAAGGAAUGCUCUCAAUGGCUAAUGACGGCAGUCCCAAUACCAACGGAUCCCAGUUUUUUAUUACUACCACCCGAACUUCUCAUUUGGAUGGAAGGCAUGUUGUUUUUGGGAAGGUAAUAAAAGGGAUAAGGGUGGUUCGUUUUAUUGAGAAUGUAGCUACGGUUGACAAUUAUUAUCCAACUCUUGACGUUGUAAUAGUGAAUUGUGGAGAAAUUGCUGAGGGGGCGGAUGAUGGAACGUCUGACUUCUUUAAAGAUGGAGAUGAUUCUUCUGAUUCGCCAAGUGACCUUGAUGUGAAGACAGACAAAACUUCUUGGUGCACGAGUGCUGUAGACUCCAUUACAGCUUUCGGAAAUGAACAUUUCAAGAAACCGGAUUAUAAAACGGCUCUUGAGAAGUCUCGUAAGGCUCUGAACUUCUUAGAUGCAUGCUGGGAUAUGGAAGAGGAAGUCAUUGAUAAAGAGAGAAGCUCAUCGUUGAAGAAGACAAUGUCUGAGAUAUUUUCAAACAGCUCUGAAAAGGGAGAGAUGGAACCACCGCCUGCGCAAGAGAUGAUUUGCCAAGCUGAAGAUGAUCUGGACAGCAUCGCAGACGAAUGUUGCUCUGACUGCUGCUCAGACAGUUGUUUUGAGGACUUGUGCAGUUGAAAACCUCCGUUUAUUUUUCUUUCCCCCGAAAAUAUUACUACAAAAAUUUUGGGGAUGUUUAUUAACAGUUAGAAACCAAGCUAGAUCGA